CGAGACUAUGGGUUCAUCGUAGGGGAGUCUUUUCUAAUAGUCUUGUUUUGUUUUUAUUUUGUUCACCAAUUUUACAAAAUUUACUUGACGUCUACUUUGAGUUAAGUGGUUUUACAUGAAUCAGUCUUUUUUAUAUAUAUAUAUAUUUUUCAUAAAAGCUAAAACGUCGAUCCAGAAGUUGGUUUAGUUUUAUCGUCAGAAAUGGGAAUGUAUCCAUAGCGGAGGACGCAAACGAUGUCCAGCUCACUGUCCAAAGAAACCUUCUGUUAUCUACAUAUUCAGUCUUCAACGCCCAUUCACAUCUAAAAAUGGGUUCAAUACUUAGCCGGAGAAUUGCUGGCGUUGAAGACAUCGACAUUCAAGCCAAUUCUGCGUACAGAUAUCCCCCCAAAUCAGGAAAUUAUUUCACCAGUCAUUUUUUCAUGGGAGGAGAAAAGUUUGAUACGCCCCAUCCUGAGGGAUACCUUUUUGGAGAAAAUAUGGAUUUGAAUUUCCUAGGCAACAGACCUGUGCAGUUUCCCUAUGUCACCCCUGCACCGCAUGAACCUGUGAAGACGUUAAGGAGUUUGGUGAACAUCAGGAAGGAUUCUUUACGUCUUGUCAGGUAUAAGGAUGAUUCUGACAGCACACCAGAGGACACAGGAGAUCCAAGAGUCCUUUACAGUGUUGAAUUUUGCUUUGAUACUGAUGCCAGAGUGGCUAUUACACUAUACUGCCAGGCCUUUGAGGAGUUUGCCAAUGGGAUGGCAAUAUACACCUCCAAGAGCCCUUCAAUGGUUUCUGAGAUGGUCCAUUAUAAGAGAGGGAUAAAUCAACAAUUUUCUCUGCCAUCUUUCAAGAUUGAUUUCAACAAAUGGAAGCCUGAAGAGUUGAAUUGUGAUCUGGACAGAGGCGUUUUCCCUUUGGUGGUCCAGGCAAUAGUGGAUGAUGGAGAUGAUGUCAGAGGGCAUGCACAUGUUCUAUUGGCAGCCUUUGAAAGGCAUGUUGAUGGCAGUUUCUCAGUGAAGCCUUUGAAACAGAAGCAAAUAGUGGACCGUGUCAGCUAUCUGCUGCAGGAAAUUUAUGGUAUUGAAAACAGAAACAAUCAGGAGACAAAGUCAGCAGAGGAUGAGAACAGUGACAACAGCAGCGAGUGUGUGGUCUGUUUAUCAGACCUGCGUGACACACUCAUUCUCCCUUGCAGGCACCUGUGUCUGUGCAAUGCCUGUGCUGACACUCUGCGUUACCAGGCCAACAACUGCCCUAUCUGCAGACUGCCAUUCAGAGCCCUGCUUCAGAUCCGAGCUGUUAGAAAGAAAACGGCUGCCACACUCUCCCCUGUUUCCUGUAGCCCAGUUUUGUCCCAGAGCUCUGACCAUACUGAGCAUUCGAAUGCUGAUAACAUCCCUCCAGGCUAUGAGCCCAUUUCCCUUCUGGAGGCUCUUAACGGAGUGCAACCUAUGUCCCCUUCAAUCCCAUCAGCGCCUCUUUAUGAAGCGAUUCAGUUUUCUGGAGAGAUAGGAGACCCCCUCAACUUGACAGGGCAUCAGCAGAGCAUAGACACUGCGUCACUGAAGGGCAAAGGCAGCAAGUCACCAGAUGGGUUUGCACAUUCUCCCUCCUCCCCCAUACAGGAGGAGGAAGAUGAGGAGAGGCUGUCUGAGCUAUCUGAUGCCCAUCCUCGUUCUGUUCUACCCUGCAGCCUCACUCCUACUGAGGCAACAAUAGAGAGCCUGUCUGCCAAACCUGGCUUCCCAAAUUCAGGUUCAGAGAGCAGAUCGUUGGGUGUGUCAGUGAGUGAAAUCCUGCAGGACUGCCAGAGUGAUCGCAGUAGCCUGAGCCAGACAGAAAGCCACCGCUCAGCAGAUCUGGCUCUGCCUGGUGAGCUGCUAACACACACUCAGUACCCCACCACCCUAACAGCCCCACAUCUGAGUCAUGGUCCACCGCUGUAGAGGAAUGUUGAUUCUGGGUGAAACUGGGAUCUCUGAUGUCUGCAGGUGUUUAUUUCUCACACCACCUGUCCUUACCCUUCCUCAGGGUCAUCAGAGUCCAUUGAAAGCCUGAAGAGUCAGAGCACCAGCAGCUCCAGUCAACCCCUGCUCUGCCUCCCCAGCACCUUGCACAUGGAAGAUGAGCAUCUCACUCCAUAAUAGCCCCUCUGCUGUGCUCUCAUCAGCCCAAGAUGCUCUUUCACUAUCCCAUACAAAUCAAACUAUUCCAAUCCCAUCACAUGUUGUUCCAUGAAUGCUAUCUUGUCUCAAUCAAGAUUAUAAGCAUCAUAAUAAAAGUAUAAUGUUGAAGCAUCCAAAACAUCUCUCUUCAAGUAGAUAUUUGUAAACGAAACACUACACAGAAGUUUAACUUACUAGCUUUAAAAAUAAAUUAAUAAAAACAAGAUGUUUAUAAGAUUUAAUGACUUCUACCACAGCUCAAGUGAUUUCUUGGAUGCCCUGGCUUCAUCUUUUAGAAGUAUGCAGCUUCAUGGUGGUUUAAGACUAUGUACCUAAUGCAUUUUUGUUUUGUAUAAUCAGCAAAUGAACACUUAAGUGCAUCAGAUAAUAAGAUUGCUAUUCGAUAUGGACACAUAAUCAUACUAAUCCAGCUGAAGUAAUCAUAUAUGUCUGUAUCUUACAUAUUUGUUUUGUUUCUUACAGUAGUGUGUGGCUGUCCCUUCCUCCUCACUUUGAAACAUACAAAAUGGGAAGUAGCACUUCUGAAAGCUUUAAAAAGUAGUUCAGAUGGGGAUUUGCCAUCAUUUAAAGUGACAUUCAGUUUAAGUCAGAAGUUUACAUACACCUUAGCCAAAUACAUUCAAACUCAGUUUUUCACAAGUCCUGACAUUUAAUCGAAGAAUAAAAAUUGCCUGUCUUAGGUCAGUUAGGAUCACUACAUUAUUUUGAAUGUGAAAUGUCAGGAUAGUAUUUGAGAGAAUUACUUAUUUCAGAUUUGAUUUCUUUCAUCAUAUUGCCAGUGGGUCAGAAGUUUACAUAUACUUUGUUAGCAUUUGGUAGCAUGGCCUUUAAUUUGUUUAAAUUUGAUCAAAUGUUUUUGGGUAGCCUUCCACAAGCUUCUCACAAUAAGUUGCUGGAAUUUUGGCUCAUUCCUCCAGACAGAACUGGUGUAACCGAGUCAGGUUUCCAGGCUCGCACACGCUUUUUCUGUUCUGCCCACACAUUUUCUAUUGGAAUGAGGUCAGGGUUUUGUGAUGGCCACUCCAAUACCUUGACUUUGUUGUCAUGAAGCCAUUUUGCUACAACUUUGGAGGUAUGUUUGGGGUCAUUGUCCAUUUGGAAGACCCAUUUUUGACCGAGCUUUAACUUCAUGGCUGAUGUCUUGAGAUGUUGCUUCAGUAUGUGCACAUAAUUUUCCUUCCUCAUGAUGCCAUUAUUUUGUGAAGGGCACCAGUCCCUCCAGCAGCAAAGCACCCCCACAACAUGAUGCUGCCACCCCCAUGCUUCACGGUUGGGAUUGUGUUCUUCAGCUUGCAAUCCUCACCCUUUUUCCUCCAAAUAUAACAAUGGUCAUUAUGGCCAAACAGUUCAGUUUUUGUUUCAUUAGACCAGAGGAAAUUUCUUUAGAUCUUUGUCCCCAUGUGCACCUGCAAACUGUAGUCUAGCUUUUUUAUGGCGGUUUUGGAACAGUGAUUUCUUCCUUGUUGAGCAGCCUUUCAGGUUAUGUCAUUAUAGGACUUGUUUUACUGUGGAUAUAGAUACUUGUCUACCUGUUUCCUCCAGCAUCUUCACAAGGUCCUUUGCUGUUGUUCUGGGAUUGAUUUGCACUUUUUGCACCAAACUACGUUCAUCUCUAGGAGACAGAAUGCGUUUCCUUCCUGAGUGAUAUGGCUGCGUGGUCUCAUGGUGUUUAUACUUGCGUACUGUUUUUUGUACAGAUGAACGUAGUACCCUCAUGUGUUUGGAAAUUGCUCCCAAGGAUGAACCAGACUUGUGGAGGUCCACAAUUUCUUUUCUGUUGUCUUGGCUGAUUUCUUUUGACUUUCCCAUGAUGUCAAACAAAGAGGCACUGUGUUUGAAGGUAGGCCUUAAAAUACAUCCACAGGUACACCUCCAAUUGACGCCAAUUAGCCUAUCAGAAGCUAAUUGUCUAAUUGCCUAAAGACUCAACAUAAUUUUCAAUAAUUUUCCAAGCUGCUUAAAGACACAGUUAACUUAGUGAAUGUAAACCAACUGGAAUUGUGAUAUAGUCAAUUAAAAGUGAAACAAUCUGUCUGUAAACAAUUGUUGGAAAAAUUACUCAUGUCAUGCACAAAGUAAAUGUACUAAAAGACUUGUCAAAACUAUAGUUUGCUAAUAUGAAAUCUGUGGAGUGGUUAAAAAAUGAGUUUUAAUGACUUCAACCUAAGUCUAUGUAAACUUCUGACUUCAACUGUAUCUGAUGCUUUUUAGUGAAUUCACUGCUGCUUAUCUAUGUCAAGCACCUUUAAAAGUAAUGUAUAUUUGUAUGUAGUUACAUGGUUUUAUCAUAAAGUGUUGUGCACAAAAA